AUGAUGUCUUCGUACGACAAUAAUAAUCCUAAUAAUCAAUCUAAUUUUCAACCUCAUCCUCAUUAUCCUGGUCAACAAGUUGGAGUUCCUCACAGUAUGAAAGACAAUGCUUAUGAUAAUCAACCAAGGUAUUAUACCAAUCCUGUGAUUAUGCAACAAUCACAACAACCUUCAUACUUGAUGAAUCCUGCCACUGGACAAUAUGGUAUGGGCCAGCAAAUGAUGUAUCCACCUCCAAUAGGUACUACUUAUCCCCAACAAGCACAACAAACUCAACAACCAAUGACUACAGCUCAACAACAAGCAGCUGCACAAUCACAACAACAACAAGCAGCAGCUGCUUCUGGUCAAUAUUUUGAAAGUAUUCCUGUUAACAACUAUUUGUUAGUUCCACAAGGUAGUCAAGGUGGUAUUACUCCAAGCCAAGCUAAUGCUACUCCUCAGCAAUCAAUGGCUCAAACCUUUUAUAAUCCAAACUAUUCCCAAUUCCAUCAACCUACUGCAGCUGCGCACCAUCAUUUGCAACAGCAGCAACAACAACAACAGCAACAACAGCCAUCUAAUAUUUCAGCAACUACUACAGGUACUGGUGGUGCUACUCAUAAGAGCGCAAGUGUAGGUAGUGCGCAACAAGCUAGUUCAAUUUCCGCUUCAGCCACUUCUGCAAAUGUAUCAGCAGGUUCAGCAGCUCAUGGUUCAGCUUCUGCUGCAUCAGCCAGUGGUAGCAGCAAUGCUGCAUCUAAUGUUAUUUAUGAUCGUUUCCCAGAAAGAAUACAACCACUUUUACCUAUUCCACCCUUAUCUAGAGCUCCAACUCGUCCUGAUUUGAAUCAAAAUUCAGCACAAAAGAGAGCAAAGAGAAAAUCAAAAUUUAGUAAACAACAAGAUGAUAUGAUUGUUUCAUUAAAGAAGAAAGGAAAGUCUUGGGUUGAGAUUGCUGAAUUAACCAAUGUUGGAUCUUAUUUAGCUGCUAGAAAUAGAUAUCAAGUUAUUGUUGGACAACAGGGGAAUAAUAAUUCUGGUUCUUGGGAUAUAAGAGAUAAAGUUCAUUUACAAGAGAUUUUGGAUGCUGGAGAAUUAGAUAAAUGGAAAUUUAUAAGUAGUGAAUUAAAUAAAUCAUCUAAUAAGAAUUUCACUGAUUUAGAAUGUCGUGAAAUGAUUAGAGAAUUAUUUUGGGCUAAUCCUGCAACAUUUGGUGUUAAUGAAGAAACUAUUAAUGAAUGUACGAAGGAAAAGAAAGUUACUGAAAAGGCAAUUGAACAAUAUAAUCAACAACAGAAAAAGGGUAAGGAUAUUGUUGAUGGUAAAUAUUCAGAAACUAAGAAAGAUACCAUAACUCCCGUUUCAAAUGCAUCUGUUGUAAGUGGUAUUGAUAAGAAGGAAGCUUAUUAUCAUUCAUUACCUCAUCCAUAUCAAAGGGGUUAUUCUAAUCCUCAACAACAACAACAACAACAGCAGCAACAACAACAAGCGGUUCAACAACAAGUUAAUCAAUUUGCUUAUGGAAAACAUUACUAUUGA